AAAGCAACAACUUCAAGCCCUCAUGGAAACACUUAACUCAACAGAACCUCAUUAUGUUCGCUGUGUGAAGCCAAACUCAUUGAAUUGCCCUCAAAAGUUUGAGAACUGGAGUGUCUUACAUCAGUUGAGAUGUGGGGGUGUUUUGGAGGCUAUUCGGAUAAGCCUUGCUGGCUAUCCUACUCGGAGGACAUAUUCUGAAUUCUUAGAUCGUUUCGGACUGCUAGCUCUAGAACAUAUGGAUGGAAGUUACAAUGAGAAGAUGCUCGCGGAGAAAAUUAUGCAGAAAUUGAAACUGGAGAACUUUCAACUUGGGAAGUCCAAAGUUUUUCUCAGGGCUGGCCAAAUUGCUAUAUUAGAUGCUAGACGAAAUGAAGUCUUGAAUAGUGCGGCAAGGUUUGUUCAGACUCGGUUUCUGACAUUUAUUGCUCGCAAGGAGUUUGUUAAAACUAAAUGUGCUGCUGUUACUCUCCAAGCAUAUUGCCGGGGCUGCUUGGCAAGAAGUGUCCAUGCAAUGAGGAAAUGUGAAGCUGCUGCCCUAGUAAUUCAAGCACAUGCUCGCAGAUGGAUUGCACGAAAGGCAUUUCAAAAGCUUUAUUCAGCUGCUCUGAUCAUUCAGUCUAGCAUUCGUGGUUUCACUGCUCGCCAGAUGCUUGCUUGCUUGAAGGAGCACAGGGCCUCUAUCUUAAUUCAGGCAUGGUGGAAGAUGUGGAAGAUGAGCGCAGUUUUCCAGCGUCGUCGGCGAGCUGCAAUUUCAAUCCAAUGUGCUUGGAAACGGAAGCUUGCAAGAAGAAAGCUUCAGAAGCUUAAGAUUGCUUUUAAUGAAGCUGGUUCCUUACGAGCAGCAAAGAACAAACUGGAACAGUGUUUAGAAGAUCUGACCUUGAGGUUAGCUAUUGAGAGACGACUAAGGGUUGCUGCUGAAGAGACCAAACUCGUUGAAGUUUCAAAGCUUCAGAGAUCCUUGGAUUUAUUGCAUGCUGAGUUAAAGACAGCUAAAUUUGUCAUUGUUGAUGAAUGCAAUAGGAACUCUUCUCUUUCAAGUGAGAUAGAUAUGCUGAGGAAGGACAAGGCAGCACUGCAGAAUAAUCUUGAUAAAAUGACUGAAAUACAGAAGGAGAACCAUUUUCUGAAGAUUUCUGUGGAGUCUCUGGGAAAGAGAAGUUUGGAAUUGGAGAACGAACUGCACCGUUCUCAGAAGGAAAGUUUGUUGACUCUUACAAAAUUACACGAAACAGAAAAAAAGUUUGCGGACCUUCAGCAUAAUCUGCAGAGCUUGGAAGAGAAGCUGUCUAAUUUACAAGAUGAAAACCACAUCCUAAGGCAAAACUCUAUGGACAAGUCUCCCUUGAAUAGCUUUACUGUUGCAAAACAUUUCCCAGAGAAGUAUACCAGUGGGCUCAUGCUUUCGGAUACCCAAAGAAUUCUUGGAUUUGAAACUCCUACGCAAGCAAAUUAUCCUGUUUCUGCCCCCCAAAGCAUGUCUGAUUCACAUCGACCAAGGAUGGUCCUUGAGAGAGAUGAGGAAAAUUAUGAUCUUCUAUUUGGAAUCAUCAAUGGAAAGUUGGGUUUUAAAGAUGGUAAACCUGUUGCGGCUUGCAUCUUAUAUAGAUGUCUUCUCCAUUGGAGAGCGUUUGAGGCCGAGAGGACUGCUAUUUUUGACAGCAUAAUUGAGGCAAUCAAUAAUGUUCUUCAGGUUGAAAGGGAGAAUGAAAAUAUUUUGCCAUACUGGUUAUCAAAUACGUCUGCCCUUCUAUGUCUCCUACAAAGAAAUUUAAGGUCAAAUGUUUUUCUAAAGACUCCUAAUCGUCGCUCUUCUGGAUCAACAGGCUUAAGUGGUAGGAUGGCUCAGGUUUUAAGAUCUCCGUUGAAACUCAUGGGUUCUGAAGAGGGAACUUCACACAUUGAUGCCAAGUAUCCUGCUUUACUAUUUAAGCAACAAUUGGCUGCUUGUUUAGAGAAGAUUUUCGGAAUGAUUAGGGAUAACUUUAAAAGAGAGUUAUCACCACUUUUGUCUCAAUGCAUUCAGGCACCUAAAUCUACUCGGUCUUCUGCUGGAAGGGCGUCUAAAUUGCAUGGAAUUUCUCUACAGCAAACUGUGAACACCCAUUGGGAGAGCAUCAUUGAAUUUCUGAAUUCACUUCUGGUCCAACUACGCCAAAAUCAUGUACCCUCGUUCUUUAUUCGUAAACUCAUUACUCAGCUCUACUCCUUUAUGAACAUCCAACUCUUUAAUAGUUUGUUGCUGAGAAGGGAAUGUUGCACAUUUUCCAAUGGGGAGUAUGUGAAAUCAGGACUUGCGAUGUUGGAAAAGUGGAUUGCUGAUGUUACUGAAGAGUUUGCAGGAACCUCCUGGCAUGAGUUAAACUAUAUCAGACAAGCUGUCGGUUUUCUGAUAAUACACCAGAAAAAGAGAAAGACUCUUGAAGAGAUUAGACAAGAUCUUUGCCCUGCGCUCAGUGUAAGGCAAAUUUAUCGGAUUUGCACAAUGUAUUGGGAUGAUAAAUAUAGCACACAAAGUGUUUCAAAUGAGGUUGUUGCCGCAAUGAGAGAAAUGGCUAACCAAGAUUCUCAAAAACUCAUGUCAAAUUCGUUUCUUCUUGAUGAUGAUAUGAGUAUUCCAUUCAGCACUGAAGAUAUAUCAAAGGCCAUUCCCCCUAUUGAUCCCAUUGAUGUUCAACUUCCUAAAUCACUCAAACAUUUUUCGUCGGUACAGUUUCUUCUGGAGCGAUCCGAUGUAAUUCAGGCUUAAGGAUAUGCGGAGAAUGGGUGAAGACUAGCCUGAGUUUUGGUCGCCUGUAUGUAUAUUUAUGUAGAUAGCUACAUUUUUUUUUUUUUUUGCCUGCCAUUUUUGUAGGGCGAACUUAUAUUUAUCUGACAAUUUUGGUGUAAUAGAAAGAGAAUGUAAAUUGUACUAAAAUUAUUGCAUUUAUAGGUUAAGUGUCAAGCUUAA